UCAACAUAAUAUCUGUGCAUAAUAUGGAAAAAUGUUGAAUCUUACGAAUUAAUAGCUGAAAUAAGAGAUUCAAUUAAUCAAGAUUAAGAACAAGAGUAACGAAUACUAUUGGUGGCUGCAAUAAAAUGGCGACGAGGCCUGUAGGAACAGGUGGUGCUACUCCUCAUCAUUCCCGGUUUCAUUACCGAUCAGAAUAUGAAAUCUUUCAGCCGAUGUCGGAAUGGCAACAAAAUGAGGAAUCUGAUAUUCUGAUUCUUUAUCUCCCCGGUUUCAUGAAGGAGCAGCUUAAGGCUGAAACUGACCGGAAUAUUGUCAGGGUUAUUGGAGAACGCCUAGUUGCUGGUAACAAGUGGAACCGCUUCCGAGAGGAAUUUCAGAUUCAAGAAAACUGUGAAACGAAAUCAAUUCAUGCAAAGUUUCAAGGAGGAAUUCUCACCAUUACACUGCCAAGAAAGACUGGUGGUACUAUUGGAGACAAAGACAAAAAGAGAGACUUCCAACAACCUGUCCUCCAAUCAAAGACAGGAAGUGAUUCGAAGCCUCAACAAGAACACGAUAAUAGUCCUGACAAGAAAAGUUUAGAAACCUUGACCCCUCAGAAGUCACAAUUUAAGGAAGAAAACGACAGAAAGAAAAAUGAUGAAGCAAAAGCAAAGACUGCUAUAUCAGAAAAACCGCUUGAGAAGAUUGUCGAGCAGGAACGGAGGAGCACAGAAAAAAGUGAAUUACCAACCGAUGCUGAAAUUGUCACCAAAAUGAUUGUUGAGAAGGAAAAUACAAAGAAAGAUAAAGCAAUUGAGGACAAAGAGUCGAAAGGAAAACAAAGAACCAAUCCAUCUAUCAUUGAUAGUGCUAUCCUUACACUCGAAAAGUAUAAGAAAGCAGUGAAAGGGUUUGCUGAGUGCAAGGAAAAGAGACGACUUUUGGUGAAUAUGGGUGCGACCGUGCUAGUUAUUAUGGCACUUGGUGUUCUUGUCUCCUACGCCAUUAAAUCUGGGAAAACUGAACACUAA